CAGGCCGAGCGCGCGCCGGGGCCGCAGGAGGUGCUACACAUCCGGAAUUCCGGGGCGGCUGACCCCGCGCCAGUGCUUCAGCUCCGUCACUCCACACGGCCGGCCCUGCUGGAAGCGGAACUACUCUGUCAGGUUGUGGUUUUCAGGAAUGCGGAGGUGGAAUUGACAAGAGGGAGGGCGGUAGGCGGGACUUCCGGUCCGCAGUCCGGUCAGAUGUUUCCCGGGCGUCUCCCCGCAACCUAUUUGACUUCGCUAGUCGGUGACGCGGCGCGGGGAAGGAAUCCGAGGGGACCGGAGCUUAGAGGAGUUGAGUUAAAAGAAGAUGGAUGCACAGAGUUCAGCUAAAGUCAAUUCAAGGAAGAGGAGGAAAGAGGUACCUGGCCCUAAUGGAGCAACAGAGGAAGAUGGAAUUCCUUCCAAAGUGCAGCGCUGUGCAGUUGGUUUACGGCAGCCAGCUCCUUUUUCUGAUGAAAUUGAAGUUGACUUUAGUAAGCCCUAUGUCAGGGUGACUAUGGAAGAAGCCUGCAGGGGAACUCCUUGUGAGCGGCCUGUGAGAGUUUAUGCGGAUGGAAUAUUUGACUUAUUUCACUCUGGUCACGCCCGGGCUCUGAUGCAAGCAAAGAACCUUUUCCCUAAUACAUAUCUCAUCGUGGGAGUCUGCAGUGAUGAGCUAACGCACAACUUCAAGGGCUUCACUGUGAUGAACGAAAAUGAGCGUUACGACGCGGUGCAGCACUGCCGCUACGUAGACGAGGUGGUGAGGAACGCCCCCUGGACUCUGACGCCCGAGUUCCUGGCGGAGCACCGGAUUGAUUUCGUCGCCCAUGACGAUAUCCCCUACUCUUCGGCAGGGAGCGACGAUGUGUAUAAGCACAUCAAGGAAGCAGGCAUGUUUGCUCCCACACAGAGGACAGAAGGCAUCUCCACAUCAGACAUCAUCACCCGCAUUGUCCGUGACUAUGAUGUGUAUGCAAGACGGAACCUGCAGAGAGGCUACACUGCCAAGGAGCUCAAUGUCAGCUUUAUCAACGAAAAGAAAUACCACUUGCAAGAACGAGUUGAUAAAGUAAAGAAGAAAGUGAAAGAUGUGGAGGAAAAGUCAAAAGAAUUUGUGCAGAAGGUGGAAGAGAAGAGCAUCGACCUCAUCCAGAAGUGGGAGGAGAAGUCCCGAGAGUUCAUUGGAAGUUUCCUGGAAAUGUUUGGUCCAGAAGGAGCACUGAAGCACAUGCUGAAAGAGGGAAAAGGUCGGAUGCUGCAGGCCAUCAGUCCCAAGCAGAGUCCCAGCAGCAGCCCUACUCAUGAGCGCUCCCCCUCCCCCUCCUUUCGGUGGCCCUUCUCUGGCAAGACUUCCCCAUCUUCCUCCCCAGCAAGUCUCUCUAGGUGCAAGGCUGUGACCUGUGACAUCAGCGAGGAUGAAGAGGACUAACUUUUCAUCCCUGUUCCCUCUCUCUCCCCCUGCCCGUCACCUCCAGAAGCUCUGUUGAAUUCCAUUUUGUGAUCCCAACACUAAACCUAAGGACAUCUACAAAGAACAGACAAACGGGGCAAGAGGACCUGGGAACGGGGGAACCAAAACAGCCCAUGCCCUGCCUGAGACAUUCUCAGCCACACCACGGAGGCUGCCCACACCUUAGAAGCCUGCUCUGCAUCCAUCUUUCCUCCCCAGAACGUUGCUUUACUGUUUAUUGCUCAUGUAAUCUUGACAGGGAGAUUGUCAUUUACAUCAUUUCUUUUAAAAAGUAGUCUUUCAAAUAUAGUAAGUACAACUAAUUUUUUGCCCCUGAGGAGUGGGCAGAAGAAGGAGGCGUGGAGUGCCCAGAGGCCUUUCUUCCUGAACACUAGUGCUUGCCUUCUGCUCCGAAGCAAAGCGGCUUGCCAGGUCCUUCAAACAGGGAGCCAUGCUGCUGGGUAAUUUGGGGAGAGAAUCGUAAUUUUAAUGUCCCUAAAAAAAAAAUCUCAAAGCCGUAUUAGCUCCAGAUUCCCUGAGUGUCCUGCCGGCCCAUGUGUCAGCGUGGCUGUGGGGGGAAGAGCUGUGAGCCUGACUUUUCUUACUCCCAGAGGAGUUUCUUGUUGGACCCAAUGGGGUCCAUGAAGACACUGAUGGGGAUGGACCCAAACCACAGAGCAUCAGAUGCAGUUUUUCCACUGUGUUCAUCUUCUCAGCAAAUCCUGUUGCCCAGUUAUUCGGGAGCUCUUGCCAAUCUCUUUCCUGCAUCCUUCCUGUGAAGGAAGGGACACAGGGCUACUGUGACUGGAGAGAGGAGUGGGAGAAAGUCAGUCCGGUUCAAGAGCAGUUGCGGUUGAGUUCUGCUGGGCUCGUGUCCCUCCCUGCAGCUGCCCUCUCAGCACGUCCGGCUUAUACAAAGGAUACUUUGUAAAUGUUUGCAGCUUGCACUUGACCCGUCCUGGAUCCAUGCUGCUUAUUGCAGUAGUCAGCACUUAGACUUUCACAGAGCACACAGGCAAAAGCACCUGGAAACACUCUCCUCAACCUCUGACCAUCUUAGAAUGUCCUUGGGUCAAAUGAGUACCACAUGGAGUCUUUGCUCCGAGAGCUGCACCUAGCAGGGAUUUCCUCCAGUCCACCUCCAGAAGCAACAGGCACGGGUUAAAACUGCUAGCACACAGAGGUCAUGCCCUCUUGCCUGCCUGUGGCUGGUGGCCCCAAGAGGAAACAAGUUGACUUUGAAAUCAGAGAGUACUGACUCUCAGCACUUACUGUUGGGCAGGAGCCGGUGUUUCCGGCCCCUGGCACCCCAUAUCACUACAUGGCCCAGCAAGCUCAUGGCCAUUAGUUAUCCUGUAGCUGGAUGUAGGGUAAAGUUGUUUAUGUCCAGGGCCUACUAGUUGUCACUCAUAAAUACCCCUCGUGGGGGUGGAGCUUUGUGUUUUCAGCAAAGAAAACAUUUUCUUUUUCCUCGUACCUCCUCACUGGUCCGUGCUGGGACUGUGAGCAUUUUUCAGUCCUCCCUAGACACGCUAGUGGAAUCUGUGCUACUGCCUAAGGGUCUGAGGCUAGCACCACACAGUGCCUGCAGAACAGGACUACCUAGGCUUCUAAACUAUCUCCCAGGCAAAGCUGAGCAGAGGAGAGGGGCAAAGAGGCACCCCCUGGUGUCCCAGUGGCCUGUGGAAACGCCAUUGCUAAUUCCUCAUGAAGCACUGCUUUCUCUCAGACCUGAUCCAGAUGGCCUUGGCCUGGGAUCCUUUCUCUGAACCUGUUGAAAUUAGUCUUUUCUCACAUUAUGUACUGCGGAAUGGCUCAUUUUAACUUUUCUACUUUAGUCUUCUCUUUGGGGAUCCGUUUCUCUCUGCCUUAUUCUCCCAGGUAUACAGAGGUGGUGAUGUCACUGCUGGCACUCACCUGCUUGUUCUCUCAGUGCGUGCCACUCAGGUGUGGCCUAUGGAAAUGCAAAGGGAGCCAUUCAUGUUCGACUUUCCUCCAUGUAGUCAUUCAAGUAGACGGUCCCAGACAUCAGAGCAUCUAUGCUGACACCCUGCUAGGACUAGCCGAUGCUCAUACUCACCCGAUACUGUCUCCUAACACUCAGACAGUUUAGACAUAAGCAAAGGCAUUGGGGGUGUGGCUGCAUGUAGGUACGUGAGGGUCAGUGUGCUCCUUGGUGCUAGAAAAAGGUACUGUUGAGAUGGUGCACCAUGUGGGUAAGCUGUGUAACGCUCGAUCUGUGACUCAGUCUGUCCAAGAAAGCAGCAUGGAAGGGCCGGGGAAACCGUAAGUUGUUUGGCCUCACAGCCAUAUGAGGAGGCUGAAGACAGGAGCCCUGUGGCUGGGGUUGAGGAGGAGCCAGUGCAGCACUUAACCUUGGCACGGGCUGAACAGGAAGUUUGCUUAUUCGUAUACUGGGCCGGAGACUGAAAACCGAGGCUGCCACUUAGAGAAAGUAGAGUUGGGUCACCAGUGCUGCUCCUGGGGCUAAGCCAGAGACCCUCACGUGAGGAACGGGGGAGUUGAGGGCAAAAAUCCUGAUGAGAAAGAUUGAGAGACCUUUUCUGGUCACUCUCCUCAGCAGCACCUCAGUUAUUCUUGAGGCUGCACAUCUGAGCAGCUAUCUAGGACGCCCUUCCACAGUGGCUCCUCCAACUGCUUUGUCACUGUCUCCGCCGUCUUCACUUGUGUAACUCACAUUCUGGGGCCUGUUGUCUUUGAGAUCUGUUCCUUAUCAACUUUUCAAUCCUUUCCCAAGUCAGUUCUGUUUCUUGCUUUGGUUUAAUUCCCCAAGCCAUACCUUCUAGAUUUCUGUCAGCAUAGAUGCGCCGAAAUUGAACCCGCACAGUUCAAAGAAAGCUUUCUCAACAAUGUUUUAAGACUAAUGGUAUUUUUUUUUAAAGCAUACCAGUAUAAGUAUUUUUAAAGGUAUUUUUCAAAGUCAUAACAAUGAUUGUUUUAUCUCACAGAAUAGAUUAUCAUGGGAUAAAGAAUGGUCCCUAGCUUCUAUUUUUCAAAAUAAGUAGGACAUGUUCUUGGACUUAAACUAUUAAAAGUUAACUCUCCUAAAAGAAAAAAGAAAUAUAUUCAGCUUGCCAGAAGUUUUUGUUGGCAUGAGAUUGGGGAAGAGAACAGGAAUGCUAGGAUUAACAUUCGGACGGCCCCAGCUGGGUCUCACUAGGUUUGAAGUGAGCACCUUCCACUCCAUUGGAGAAACUGGCUGUUCUGAACAGGUGGUUGGUUGGUCGGGUGUUUAGCUUUGAGGCUCCUGAACAGAAAACACUGUUGGAAAGAGUCACCCAUGACAUCACCAGCGUCAGUGGGGAGUUAGCCUCUGAGUUCAGUGUAUCACGUUACUGUCUAAUGCUUUGUGCAGAAUUAUUUUGGCUUUUGUCAUUUAGCCAAAUAAAGGCCACGCGUUUUUGCCUGGUGUUUCAA